CAAUAAGCUAGCAGGGGGUGGGGGAAAGGGGAGGAGCCUCCCGAGCCGUUGGCCCCGCCUCCUUUCUCUCAGGCGCGGAGAGCGCUGAGGCGGGAGCGGGGUUGUUCCGGGCCAGGCGGCGCUGGCCAGCUGACUCCCUCCCUCCUUUGAUAAUGUGACCGCUUCAGAGAGUAACCUAGUAAGGUGCAGGGAGUGUUGGGGGCCGGGCGGUGUUUGUCCCCUGUGCAUUGGGCUUUUCAAAUCUGUAGAGAACACAAAGGUAGGUUGUGCUAGAACACUUGCUGUAUGGAAUCUUGUUCUGUAAUAUGGGGGAAGAGGAAGGAUUGCAUCAGACACAACUAUUGAUCCUGUCUUCUGUUCUAUGCAAUCCUCUCAAAAGUGAAGCUGCUUUCUUUGUUCUUCUGUAUCAUAUGGAAAAUAAAGGAAGUUGCCAGUGAGGAAGUGCUGCAGGGAGGAAACAAGUUACCUGGAAUAGCGCAAUUGGGGAACACACAAAUUGGAAUCAAUGUUUCCUAGUGAAGACACAAUGUUUGUACGUGGAUUGAAGAGGAAAUGUAUUGAUGGAGAAGAAGAUAUUGAAGGAACUUUAGCUGGUUUUAAAGCUAUUCCUUCUUAUAACCUUCAGCGCCAGUCACUGCUGGACAUGUCUUUGGUUAAACUUCAACUAUGCCACAUGCUUGUUGAACCUAAUCUCUAUCGUUCAGUGCUUAUAGCCAAUACCGUACGGCAGAUCCAAGCAGAAAUGACCCAAGACGGAACUUGGCAAAUGAUAAAUGCACAGAGUACAGGAUCAGCCUCUCUAGACCGCCUGGUUUCAACAGAUAUCCUCUGUCGUUCCUCCAAGGAACAAGCUGAAGAAAAGCUUGUUCAAGGUUACAGUGGCUUCUCAAAAGACUUUGAGGACUCUCAGUCACAGGAGAGUUCAGAAAUCUUAAGACCUGCUCCACUACCCGCUCCCAGAAACCUGCAGAGUAGCGGGUGGGAAAUGGAGAACCCUCCAGAAAACAGAGGAAACUUCCAUAAGUCAUUAGAUCAAAUAUUUGAAACUUUAGAAACGAAAACUCCCGACUCUGUAGAAGAUCUCUUUUCAGAGGUUGAUAGUUCCUACUAUAAUCUUGAUACAGUAUUAACGGGAAUGAUGGGCAGUACAAAAAUGGGACACUGUGAUGUACUUGAAACAUUUCCUCAAGCAACUGCAAAUUCUAACUCUAACUGUAAAUCUGACCUUAAUGAGCUUGAUCAUUUUGUGGAAAUUCUGGUUGAAUCCUGAGAUAAAGGGUGAAGGAGAUAUCCUUUGAGGAAGCCAGAUCUUGAGUAGUAAAACUUCCAAAUAACUUGUCCUCUCAAAGCUGCACAUGAUCUUCCCCCCCCCCAAAAAAAAAAAAGCACUUCAUUUUGCAAAGUUGUGUUAAUGUAUAAAGUUAACCUGCAAUUUGUAGUGUCCGGAAUGUGAGUACAGAUUUUCAGUGCCCACAACUCAGAGAGGUAUUCUAGGCACACCUAAGAGUUGGCUUGUGCCCAGCAGACUUCUAAUUUUAUUUUAUUUUAUUCCUUGAACAUGACCACCCCAUACCAUGUCAUGAACUGCUUUGGAAAUGUUCUGAUGUUUCAGCAUCAGAAACAUGUAAAAAGACACACGGGUGUGCAGGGUUAAUCAUGUACUCCUCUGUACCUCUGUAUUGUACCCACAUCCCGCCCCCCAGCCUUGGGGGCCCAACAUUUUAGAAAAAGAUUACUUUGCUAAUUCCUUUUAGCUUUUUAGAAGGGACUUUCAAUGCUGUAGCAGGAUUUCUCCCUUGACCAUCAUCUCCCCCUUCAAGGUGGAAGUGCUACAGGGAUUUCAGUCCUCAGCAUACAAAGGGUGACUGUAAAGUUCUCAGUUAAAGGCCAAAUCCAACUCUGUUUAUGGCUGAGAACUCUUCAGCAACCCCUUGUCUUUGCCCCUGCUGUUAUGGGUUGACUUGAGUGGGACAACCUUUGCAGUAAUUUGAUUUGAGGACCAAAGGGUUGGUUUCUCUCUCCUUCAUUCCAGGGAAAUACUUCACUAAUGUGUGAUGUCUGCAUUUAUUUGCCACAGAGCUCUUAAAGAGCCUUAAGCAGCAGCGCCUGUUAUCCUAGCUAGCUUUUUCUGUCAUUCUUGUUUUCUGUUUUUAAAUAUAGUUAUAGUUUUUAAAGGUGUUUUUAUCAGUGUUCAGAAUUUUUCAGCUAUUUUCUGAGGAUAUAUUUUUGCUACAAAUCUUCCCAUCAACUGCCUAUUUAGUAUCCUGAAAUAUUUGCAGUUGUAUUUUUUUAAUCGCUUCAUAGAAGGGAUUUUUUUUCUUACCACGGGCCUCCUUUAUGUAGCUCAGUAACAGUGCAUAAAUAUACAGCUUUAAGGUAGGAGUAGCUGUCAGUAUUCUUCUUUAGAGAGUACUUAUGAAUAGACAAGUUACUCUUGAUCAGACUCAUGUGAACAUCGGCAGAUGAGCUCUUGCCAAGCUGCAGAAGCUCUUGAUGCAAUUACACUUCAGUUCAAGCCAUGUCUUUUUGUUACCGUCAAACAUAAAUUAUGUGGGUUUUAUUUAUAAAUAUUUAUAUGUGUAUGUCAUCAAGUGAAUUGUUUGGCUGAAGUCUACCAUCAUACUUCUGUGUUUUGGGGCAGGGGGGACCCCUACCUUGCACUAACUCCUACAAGACUGUUACAGAGGCCUUUCAAGAGUGUUCUCCACGCUUCGUUUACUCCACUUAUGCCAAGGUGUGACUAUGCAUUUGGCUGAGUCCUGAUGAACAGAAAUUAUAGUAGCAGGUUAGUAUUCAAGGAAAAUAUGCCCUCGCUCCGGAGUGUGUGUGAAUUGUCUUAACUCCUAAAAGCGGUUUCUGGUGAGAGGGUGCAUCAGAUGUGGUAACACUUGCAAUAAAGUUACCUACUGUUUGCCUUGGUGAACUGGUGAUACAGGAAAUAUAACUGCAUGGUGGGAAAAGGAAAAGAACAGUGAUUACUUUGAAGUUGAUGAAAAAGUUUGUGUUCUUGAUUAACUUACUAUGUUACAUCAAAUUGCAAUGGUCAGAAGGGGAAAUGUUGCUUUUUAAAAAAGCUCAUUCUGAUUUGUGAUGGUGUACUGAACACAAAUUUCCAAGUACUGGAAGCCUUUCUCCCAGCAGAGGUCAUAGAUGCUCCAGGAUAUCCUUGUACAAAGGAACUAACUGUAGCCCUAGGGCAGUACCCACCCUGUGCAGCCAAAACACCUCUUCAGAGCAUAAGGAUCCUUGUCUUGUGUAUGUAUAGCUAAAUGUCUUAGUUUAGGUUGCAGCCUGAAACCACUUUGCAUGACUAGCCCCUCCAGAGGUUAAUAGGGCUGCUUACAAGCAAGUGGUUUCAUGAUUGUGGCCUUAAUAAUUUAAGUGCUUUUGAAGCAGCUGAUCUGAAAAUGGCACUGUGUUUUCCAGUUAUGGCAGAGAUGCCUAUUUCUGUAACUCAGUUUUGUGCCAGACCAUGCAGUUUAUUCGGGGUCCUUCUCAAUGCAUUUGAAAAUAAUUAAUGUGUUUUUAUAUUAAAGUUGAAUAUGAAGUGA